AGGAUGAGAUCUAUCAGAUUUUCUCUUCUCUUGCUGUUUUUUCUCUUUCUUCUCUCUGAAACGGAGAGUCCACCAGAACCUGAGAUUCCAUCGGCCAUAGAGCAAAAGAAACCACAGUUUCCAGUCCCAACCCCCGUGACCAGAAAGGCACCAGAGGAAGACAACUUUCUAGGUCCGCCUGAGUGCCUGGAAAAGAAGUUUACUCGUGCGUCAUGCAACCUGGUGUUUUGUCCUCCAUGGGAGCGUUGCAUUGAUGGACAGUGCAACUGUAAAUUACCCUAUAUGUGUCCCACUGAGAAUGUGACAGCAGUGUGUGGACGAGACAGUAGGAGCUACCGCUCCUUCUGCCAGGUCAUGGCCAUCUCAUGUCGGACCAAGAAACCUUUCAUGUCUCACUUUGGGGACAAUUGUCAAGAGACUAAUCCAAAGUUCAAAAGUUCAAUAGACUCAGACUCGAGCGUGGUCAAGGUCUUCAUUCCUCAGCCUAAGAGCACUGAAGGUGGGGAGGAGUUACUGGUGUGCGGGGACCUGUGGGACAUGGCAGCUGCUAACGUGGCCUGCAGAGAACACGGGAACCCACUGGGUGCAGCCGCUGCUGACUCUGUGUCAUACUAUCCCCUGACAGUCGAGUUUGGAAACCGGUUUCCAGGCAGCUGUAUUAGCGUCCGCUGCCAAGGUUAUGAGACAUCCCUGGCUGAGUGUGUAAUCUAUGACAAGAUCUCGACUGGGGACAACAUGGUGGCUACGGCCACUUGUUAUGAGGCACCACAAGGGGAUAAGUGUGGCUUCAAAUGUGUUAACAGUAAGUGCGUGUCUCUCAACCAGACAUGUGACGGUGUUGACGACUGUGGCGACCAAAGCGACGAGAUGUGCUGCAAAAAUUGCAGGAAUGGUGCUUUCCGGUGCAAGACAGGUGUGUGUGUGCAUAAAGAUACGCUCACAGAUGGAGUGCACGACUGUCUAGAUGGCGAGGACGAAUCAUCCAAACACACGUCUAAGGACAGCCACAAAGAGGCAGCAGCGAUGCACCAAACACCCCAAAACACAGAGUACGCCUCUCCCCACAAAGAAAUUAAGGCCAACAGAAAGUAUCUGGAGUCCAUGUUAAAAUGCGGGGUUCCUAACAAGACAGCGGUGGCAGUGGACGUGCGAGGAAGGAACAGCCGAGUCAAGAGAGUGGUGGGAGGACUCCCAGCAGAACCAACUCAGAUCCAGUGGCAGAUCGCUCUGGUCGAGAAGGGCAAGAUCGACUGUGGUGGAGCUUUUAUCGGAGGCUGCUGGGUCAUCACUGCUGCUCACUGCGUCAGGCCCAACCCUUCUGCUUUUAAAGUGAAGUUUUCUCUCUGGAGGAAGUUUCGAGCUCAAAGCACGACGGACAUUGUUCCUGUUAAAGACAUUAUCAUCCACCACAGGUACAACGCCAGCAGCUACGAGAACGACAUUGCUCUGGUGAAGCUGGAGAAGCUUCCAUUCCUGGAGAAAUGUUUCGAGGACAACCCAGCCAUCAGUGCCAUCUGCGUGCCCUGGUCCACCCAACUGUUUCAGCUCAAUCACACCUGCAGCAUCUCUGGGUGGGGACGAACCAAAGAUGGCAAAGCAUCUCAGGUGCUGCUCUGGGCCAACGUGUCCCUCAUCGAAGGCUGUGACAGGUUCUACAAAAACCGCUUCAAACCGGGCAUGAUGUGUGCAGGUGAUCUGCAAGGCAGUGUGGACUCCUGUCAGGGGGACAGCGGAGGUCCCCUGGUGUGUGAAGAUGCGCUGGGUGUUUCCUACCUGUGGGGUGUCGUCAGCUGGGGGGAGAGGUGCGGUCAGCCGGGCUACCCCGGAGUUUAUACCCAGGUGGCUCAUUACUUUGAGUGGAUCAGGCGUCACACAGGUUGGCCUGCAGUCACCAGGUUUAACUCCUGACCAGGCAGACGUGUACUCUCUAAAUACUUCUCCAACUCUUGGUGAUUAAAGUAGUUCUUUUGAGGUGUUUAAUAAAAAUAAAACUAUAAAGUGUUACAUCAAGUUUAA